ACGUCCCGGCCUAAUUUGCCGCGGAUCUCCGAAGUGUUUGGAUGUGAUUCUUAAACGUACAAAUCGACCGCAAAGUGUACUUUCUAUAAGUAAUAACGUUUUGUGGUGGAACUGUGACGCCUUCGGCUGUUUUUAUAAAUAAUUUAUUAUCAAUUCCCGUGACCAUGCCGACAAAGAAACGGAAAGCUUGUAACGACAGCGACCCCAUGCCGAACUCAGCAGCUGACCCCGUUUCACCGGUGAAGAACGCCGUGCUCAAGUUCGCCAAGCUGAGCGAGAAUGCGUACCGGCCGACACGGGGCUCGGCCCGGGCGGCGGGCUACGACCUUUACAGUGCCUAUGAUUAUGUGAUCCUUCCUCAGGAUAAAGUUAUUGUGAAGACUGAUAUUCAGAUUGCACUUCCUCCUGGUUUCUAUGGCAGAGUGGCUCCAAGAUCUGGAUUGGCAGCAAAGCACUUCAUUGAUGUUGGAGCUGGGGUUAUUGAUGAGGAUUACAGAGGAAAUGUUGGUGUAGUUCUAUUCAACCUUGGGAAAAAGAGUUUUGAAAUUAAAAAAGGCGAUCGUAUUGCACAAUUGAUAUGUGAACGGAUCUGCUAUCCAGAACUUGAAGAGUUAAAGAGCCUGGAUGAGACUGAACGAGGUGCAGGUGGCUUUGGUUCCUCUGGUACAAACUGAACGAGAUGUUCUGCCAGAACAUGUCAGGCAUUGCCCAAUUCUCUUCAAAGAUGCUUCAUACUGUGGAUUCUUCAUGAAAAGUUGUGAUCUAUGGUGCAUUUGUUUUGCAUUUUGUCAGGAUGUUUCCAAAGCAAAACACAAACAAACAGACUUGUAUGUUAUGUGGUUAUGAGAUAAUUGUUUCUAUGGUGACUAUGUGAACUAUUACUAGAACAAUUAUGCAAUUCAUUUCAUUAGUAAUAAAAAUAACUUUUUUAUA